AUGUUCGAGCGCAAAAACCAAAGCAUCCUCUCUGAGCACUACACCAAACUCGUUGACCAUUCCAUUGAUCGAAACCAAGAUGCCGACUCGGAGGACGAUUUCAUUACACUCAAAAGAGCCGAUCACGACCUCCCAGGCGACGGCGAGCUUCCGGAGUCCGAAUUCACUUCGAAACGGAAGGUGAAGAUGGCGAUGUCGAAGAAGGCAAUCGCGAAGUCGGGGCCGAAAGGGAAUAAGUUGGUAUUCGACGAAGACGGCCUCGCGCAUGAGAUAUAUGAGCUGAAGACGACCAACGAGGUUUUCCGAGGAGCGGAUGACAUCAAGGAAGCAGGACGGAAAUUCGCCGAGGGCGAGAGAGGAAAGAUGCAAGAAGCGGAUGUGGUCGACAAGGCAGAGGCGAAAGAGAAGAAACGCGAAAAGAAACGAAAACGGAAGGAACGUGAGAAAGAGGAAAUGGGGCACGAUGACGGCGAAGGAAUGCCGAUGACGACGACUCUGGCCCCCGUUGAAGACGGCGAUGGAUAUGUAAGCCCCGACUUCGACCUGCCGUCGGAAUCUGAAGACGAUCUCGAUGCUGCGCCUCCACCUCCGAAGCGCGCAAAGGCGCAGAGUCGCAAACGUGAUGUAGAUUCGGAUUUGGAGGAAGAAGAGCAACUGGCACUGCAGUUCCUCCGUAGUCGAUGA